AUACUUUAUUCUUUGGUGCACACCAAUGUGCUUCUUUCAUGUGAAUUCAAAUAUUUUAUUUUAGAAAAAAUGGAUCCAGACUUACCAAACUUUGUGCAAGCCAAAUUUAAAUCGGACACAGGAGAGGAAAUUGGCAAUUCAUUAGAUUUGCCCUUGAACGUUACAAAAGAUCAACUACAACUUAUUUGCAAUGCACUUUUGCAAGAAGAUGACAAACAAUUUCUGUUUUUUGUAAAAGAUGUUGAAAUUUCUUCCUCACUAAAGGAAGCUUUAGACUUGAGUAAAUUAAACUCUGAAGAAGUUAUAGAAAUUAUAUAUCAACAACAAGCUGUCUUUAGAGUAAGACCAGUCACUAGAUGUACAAGUUCUAUCCCAGGCCAUGCUGAAGCAGUUAUAUCUACGAGUUUCAGUCCAUCGGGAAGAGAAUUAGCCAGUGGAUCAGGAGACACAACUGUUCGGUUUUGGGAUUUACAUACACAAACUCCCUUACAUGUAUGUAAAGGUCAUUCAAAUUGGGUAUUAUGUAUAAGUUGGGCACCAGAUGGUUCCAAACUAGCUUCAGCAUGCAAACAAGGAAGGAUAAUGAUUUGGGACCCUAAAACAGGAAACCAAAUAGGGAAAACCAUGAUCGGACACAAGCAGUGGGUGACAGCAUUAGCAUGGGAACCAUAUCACAUAAAUCCUGAAUGCAGAAAAUUAGCAAGUUCAUCAAAGGAUGGAGAUGUACGAAUAUGGGAUACGGUCACAGGACUCACUAUUUUAAGUUUGACGGGCCAUUCAAAAGCGGUCACUUCAGUUAAAUGGGGUGGCACUGGUUUGAUAUAUACAUCAUCUCAAGACAGAACUGUCAAGGUAUGGAGAGCUGAUGACGGAAUUCUUUGUAGGACACUAGAAGGACAUGCUCAUUGGGUCAACACUUUGGCUCUAAGCACAGACUAUGUACUUCGGACAGGACCUUUUCAUCCAGUUACAGACCAGAAUGGACUUAUCACAGAUAAAAUGGCCCUUCAGCAACGCGCUCGUGAGAGGUACGACGCAGUGUGUUCCCAAGGAAGUGAGCGCCUAAUUUCAGGUUCUGACGACUUCACUCUAUUCCUUUGGCUACCUGAAAAGGAGAAGAGACCUUUGGCACGCAUGACGGGGCACCAGCAGCUUGUAAAUGAUGUUAAAUUCUCCCCAGAUACAAGGAUAAUUGCAUCGGCGUCAUUCGAUAAAUCUGUUAAGUUAUGGGAAGGAGUUACUGGGAAAUUUAUUACCACUUUAAGAGGGCAUGUGCAAGCUGUUUAUAUGGUGGCUUGGUCCGCAGACUCUAGGCUGUUGCUCAGUUCAAGUGCUGAUUCUACAUUAAAAGUAUGGAGUAUGAAAACUAAAAAGUUGGAGUUGGAUUUGCCUGGCCAUGCUGAUGAGGUUUAUGCGGUAGAUUGGUCCCCAGAUGGCGCAUAUGUUGCAUCCGGAGGGAAAGAUAAAGUUUUGAAAUUGUGGCAACAUUAAGAAAUGGUAUAAAUAAGAUUAAUAAGAAAAUUAAAAUGUUACACAAUGUUUUGUUAAUAAAUACAAUAAUGUAUACU